CACUCGCUCUCUGUUCCUCUUUCCUCCAAAUAUAGCCAUGAAUGUCCCCCACUCUGUCUCCUAUCCUUGUUGUAAUGUUGCUCCAUUUGCUCGUCAAACAAAAUUCCCAAAUUCAGUGCUCAUUCAUUACUCCCCUUUUCCCAUCUCCUAAAAACAGCCUCCUUUCUCUCGAUCGGGCGAAUGAUCCACAAAAAAGGAGAGAAGAUUUUCGAGCGGAAGGGAAAAAACAACCAGACGAGAGCAAAAAGUUGCCAUCUUUUCCUUAGUUUCUCUGUUUUGGGUUUCAAUAAACGUUCAGCAACAUCCAUUUAUGGGUUGCUGCUGCUGAUCAUGGGAAAAAACAGAGCUUCCAUGAAUGCAUGCUAGGAGCUUCAGCUUCACCAUAUUAAUCCGAUCUCCAGUGUCUGCAUUUGUUUCUUUCGCCAGAGUCGAUGCUCUGUUCUUGAUUCGUCGAUUUCAGGGUUGGGUUUUCUUUCGGAUUAUGCGUUGGUGCUCUGUUUCGCAUUGAUGAUCUCUGGGGUACGUUUUUUCCGCCGGAGAAAAAUGUACCCUAGCAGCUGCUCCUCCUCCCUAGGGUUCCUGCUGCUGCUCUUCUCCCUCGGGAUCCCUCGCGCCCUUUCCAAGACCAACUCUCAGGACGUGGCUGCUCUGAAUGUGAUGUACACGAGCUUGAAUUCUCCAUCGAAGCUGGACGGGUGGAAGGACAGCGGCGGGGACCCUUGUGGCGAUUCCUGGGAUGGAAUUACAUGCUCCGGCUCCAAAGUCACCGAAAUAAGGUUGUCAGGGAUGGGACUGACGGGAACUCUAGGCUACCAGCUCUCGAACCUGAAAUCCGUCACCUACUUUGACGUGAGCAAGAACAAGCUCCAGAACGAGAUCCCAUAUCAACUCCCUCCAAAUGUAGCGUACUUAGAUCUUUCCAAGAACGCAUUCGCAGGCAAUCUACCUUAUUCCAUCUCACUCAUGUCUGACCUCGAGCAUCUAGAUGUUAGCAAUAAUAAGUUGAAUGGGCAGCUGACUGAUAUGUUUCAGAAACUUCCUAAACUCAAAAUCAUGGAUCUAUCCAACAACCAACUAUCGGGAGAUCUGCCGCAGAGUCUGUCAUUGCUCAAAAACUUGGCUCAAUUGUUCUUGCAAAACAACAAAUUCACAGGCAAAAUCACUGUGCUAGGGGACCUUCCAUUGGACGAGUUGAAUGUGGCCAACAACAAGUUCACUGGCUGGAUCCCUGCCAAGCUCGACGAUAUCAACAGUUUAGAUACCGAUGGGAACAAUUGGUCGAAAGGGCCGGCACCACCGGGCCAGAAAUCGGCAGCUUCAGGUGGGAAAGGCGGCGGAGGGGCUCCGAUCUCGACCGGGGUGUUGAUAGCUCUGAUCGUGUUGGGAGUCGUCAUCAUCUUCGCGCUUCUCAUCAUCGUCUUCUUCUCGAGGAGAAAAUCCUCUUCCCCGUCGUCGUUCCUCGACGACGAGGAGAAGAGCCACCACCACCACCACCGGAAGUCCGACUUCACUCCUCUCACUUCCCAGGAGCUCUCUCCUCCUGCUUUCCCCCCACAUUUCCGCCGCGGCGACCCCAGAGAGUCGUUCGAGUCGGCCAACUCGAUCGACAUCAAGACGCUGCAGAAGGCCCCGUCGCAGGGCUACAAGCCGCCGCCCUACGACUUCGCGCAGUCGCUGAACGACAACGAGUUCGCCACGCGGCUCAACUCGAAGCGCAGCGCGGCGGCGAGGGCCGUGCCCUACGCCCUGCAGGACCUGCAGGGCGCCACGGCCGGGUUCGCCCCGGGCCGACUGCUCGGGGAAGGAACCAUCGGCCGCGUCUACAGGGCCAAGUACGCCGACAACAAGGUCCUCGCCGUCAAGAAGAUCGACUCCUCCUACUUCCACGGCGACGAAAGCGUCGAAUUCUCGGAGAUCGUCGCCGGCAUCUCGAAAGUGCACCACCCCAACGUCGUGGAGCUCGUCGGGUUUUGUUCGGAGCAAGGGCACAACAUGCUGGUGUACGAGUACUACCGAAACGGCUCGCUCCAUGACUUUCUCCACAAUUCAGGGGAUUUCAGCAAUCCGCUGACUUGGAAUACACGCGUCCGCAUCGCUCUGGGGACUGCUCGGGCCGUCGAGCAUCUUCACGAAACGUGCUCGCCGUCGGUGGUCCACAAGAACAUCAAGUCCUCUAACAUUUUACUGGACCUCGAUCUUAAUCCCCACCUCGGCGAUUACGGCUUGGGAACCUUCCAUACGAGGACAAGCCAAAACCUAGGAGCAGGGUACAACGCGCCGGAGUGCACGACGCCGUCGGCCUACUCGAUGAAGAGCGACAUCUACAGCUUCGGCGUGGUGAUGCUGGAGCUGCUCACCGGCCGGAUGCCCUUUGACCAGACGAAGCCGAAAUCGGAGCAAUCGCUGGUGCGGUGGGCGACGCCGCAGCUGCACGACAUCGACGCCCUGGCGAAGAUGGUGGACCCGGCGCUGCGGGGUUUGUACCCGCCGAAAUCGCUGUCGAGGUUCGCCGACAUCGUCGCGCUGUGCGUGCAGGUGGAGCCGGAGUUCCGGCCGCCGAUGUCGGAGGUGGUGCAGGCGCUGGUGACGCUGGUGCAGCGGUCCAAUAUGAACAUGAAGGACGAUCUCACGGCUUCUCGCCGGACCGAAGACCUCGAUUACUGAUCAUCGUCUGUCCAACUUAAUUACCGCUAGUUGAUUAAUUAACGAGAUUUUAAUUUUAAUCCAUCCCAAAAAAAUUCUUUUUAAGUCCUUAUAAAACUUACCAGUGGGGUUGGAUUAGUAAAUUUGAUGCAAGGUGUUCUUUUGUUUGUGAUUUUUUACAGUUUCUAUUUUGUAGAGGUACAUUGUCGAUUAGAACUUGUUUGUUUAGGUGGUGGGAAGAUAAAUUUUUGUUGGAAAGGUUUACUGUGCUGGAGGGUAUUUUUUGGCCACGAGAUUGUGUGUUUGAAUUAUGUGAUAAUUUCCUUC